UAGCACCUUUGGAAAUAUAUUUACUGAGAAAAAUGGUGGCGUGUUCAAUACUUAUUUUACCCGCUGUAUUAGCCGUGUUGGUCCUUUAACCCACAAUGUAUAUGAGUGUGUUCUUUUGCUUCAGUAUGGCCAAUCUUACCCAGGACCACCACAUGUGUUGUACCAUUCUGUGUGCGUAGAACCACAACACAGUAUUUGGCAAGCCUUUUAUAACUUGUCGUAUAACUCAUGGAAAUGUGUUAUCAGUUUGAUGGCAAGCAGUUAAUAAGGACUCUCACAGCAUGUGCCUCCUUCCAUGCAAGGGGUAGGAUGAAAGUGGGCUUGGGGGUUGGGAGCUAUUUUCCAAGAUGUGGUGUUACCAUGGUAUAUGUGUAUGGCUUAUGAGGUGUGUCGUGCUCGUGCAACAUUAUCUCUUAUAAGUCAACAGUGUGCGCAUCGACUGAUAAAGAGUAGUGGCGAUGGGAGUCUGGAGAGUAUUGAUUUACAGAGCCAUUAGACUAAUGGUUGCCGCAUGACGGACCUGUAGCCAGAACUCUGAGACACAGGUAAGGAGCUUCAGCAAGGUUUCUGUUUGCGCCGUUUCUACAAGGUGGGGAUGUGAGUUGUUUUUUAGCCUGAAUCGAUCACUUGCCAAUAUGUUCUGCUGCUCGUUGUUGAUGUUGUUAAUUGUGAGGAUUUUGGGGGGUUUCCUGUACUCGGAACAUACUGGUCUAGACAAACAGGUAAUGAAAGCCUAUAACAUCAGUGCUGAUAUUUGCCUUUCUUUAGGACAACCCAUUUUAUACAAAGCAGUUUUUUUUUUCUGUUAACGUAAAGCAGAUACUGUUAUCUAUUAUAUGAACUAUGCAAUAUGAUACAUCACUGCCAACUAUGGUCAGGCGUUGGAACAGACAGGAGAUAUGUCAAGAAUUAUAAUUAAAUGUUUUGAGGAAAGUUAUGUGUAUGUGAAAUAAAAUGAAAAAGUAUUGCUAAAGCCAAUAAGAAAAGAAUGAUCAAGAACAGUUAAUAAUAGUUAAAUGAAUAGUUCAGUUUAAUAUUUACCAAGACAUCGAUAGCUAGACAACAUCAGUAAUUUCACAACAGCAAUCAACAAACAUUAGCUAAAUGUUUUGCGUCCAGUAUUGCCCUUAAUUAUCCAUAGCAGGUUGAUCUGAAAUCUGAAACACAAUUUGAGGCCCUUGGAAUGAAAUAACACUAUAUCAACUAUUCUCAUACAUUUUUCAAGGUGCAUAUUUUGAAGCUCUUUGACUGCAGACUAUGGAAGAAAAGUACACUCAAACCACCAGCCAUAAAUAGACGGUGUAACCCGAGCAGUAUUCCAAGGACUUGGUUUAGUGACGAACCAUGGAUAACUUAACUCAGGUUUGAAGAAGGACUUCCAGGGAACUUGCACCUCUCAGGGCCUAGAAAAGACAAGCUUGUAUAUGAAUUCCACCCUACAAGAAAGGCAUCACUCAGUCUAAAUGGCCUUCACCAUCAUUGCCAAUGUGUCGGAGAGCUGGCUAGACAGGAUGCAUGGCUGGCACAUGGAGCUCUUCCUUGUCCCCACGGUCCUGCUCACGCUGGACACGCUGGUGCUGGACCUCCUCCUGGUGGCGUGCAUCUUCUGCUCGCCUGUGCUGCGCCAGGAGACACGCUACCUCCUGCUGGCCAACACACUAGUGGCCGACAUGACCUUCGCCAGCGUCAACCUCGCCAUGGUGACAUGCACCGUGCUGCGUGUGGCCGUCCAGCGCGUGGCCUGCGAGGUGGCGAUGGCUGUCACCAUCACGGCCUACUGCUGCGCCGUGCUGGGCGUCACCUUCAUGGUCGUGGACACGUACGUGGCCGUGCGCUGGCCACUGCACUACGACAGCCUCCUGCCGCCGUCCCGUGCCCGGAAGCUCUCGGCGGGGCUCUGGCUGCUGGCCUCCAUGUACCCACUCUCCCUCAUUAUCAUCCUGGAGGCCCUGGAGGAAGAUGCCCCGCAGCGGCUCGCUCUCUGCCUGGUCCUGAUCACCGUGGGGGCCCUGGGGAAGGAGAUGAUGGUGGGCCUCCACAUGUUCUUCACCAUCGGCGCCGUGCUCUGCUUCCUCCUCAUCAUCUACUGCUACGUGCGGCUGUACGUGGUGACGCGGCGCUCGGGCAUCUGGCAGCAGCGGUACUCGCGUGCCCGCGUCACAGUGCUGGCCCACGGUGUGCUGCUGCUCCUGUAUUUUGUGCCGGGCCUGGUGUUCACCGUGGAGCUGGCGCUGUUUGAGCACAAGUAUAUGGCAGGCCAGCCAAACAUGUGGGUGAACAUAACCAACAUGAGCGUCCUCAUGCUGCUGCCUCGUGCCCUCGCACCGUACCUGUACGGCCUGCGCUACCGAGAGAUCUACACAACGCUCAAGCAGUUGCUGUUCAAGAGGCGACAGCUCAACCAGGUCAACACGGUGUCAUAACCAGAGACACACCACCCAGACUGAACUGCUUCAGGAACGAGGGGAGGGUUUAGACAAAAUAACAUAGUGUCAAGUUAACUGUCCUUGAGACCAUGCUCAAAUUAAUCAUGAUAUUUGGGCCCAUAGCUCAGCAAACAGGCUGUGUUGUCUUGUGCAUGUCACGCUGCUCUCAGUGCCACUAUGUUAAACCAUACCUCUUGUCUUAAAGGUACAGUGUGUGAUUCUAAUCCUUUAAACUUUUUCUCGAAUUCAGUUGUCGUAGCUGUCCUUUCAGUGUUAGUGUUAAAAAAACUGGCCCUGGCUCUGUAAAAAGGAAACAAACUUGGCUUCAGCAAAAUGGCUUCAGGAGCAUGAAAGAGAGGUUCAUCUGAAGAGCUAAGUUCAUCUAAGUU